UUGGGCGAUUUCGGAAACGGACAGCUUGAUACAGCAGAAGAAGAGGAGUCCGGUCCCGGCCUAUGGAAAAGCGUCGAAGGCCAUAUCCAAGGCAAGACGCUGGCGGGCCUCAUCGCGUUGGUCCCGUUGAUCGUCACUGUCGUUGUCCUGGUCGUCAUCAUCGGAUACGCCGACAGCGCCGUUCGCAGGCUGCCGUUCGUGAAGGGGGAGCCCUGGGACUUUUGGGGAGUCGGGAUGAUUGUCGCCGUCGUCCUGUUCUACGUGGUCGGUCUUAUCAUAUCCACGAGGAUCGGCCGCAUAGCAAUGGACUUCAAGGACACGGUGUUCAACCACAUCCCCGUGGUCAAGACGAUCCUCGGAGUGACAAAGCAAGCGAUGGCUUCCCUCACCUCGCAAUACCAGUUCUCUCGCGUCGUGUUCAUAGAGUGGCCGCGUGAGGGCAUGGUCGCGAUGGGGUUCGUGACGGGGCAAGCCUUCUCGCGCAAAACAAAAGACUCGAUAGUCGUCGUCUAUAUUCCAACCGUUCCCAAUCCCACCUCCGGCAACAUGGCCCUCGUCCCCGAAGACGACAUCAUAGAGACGGACAUUACGGUUGAGGACGCCAUGAAGCUGGUUUUCUCCGGCGGUAUCGUGUUGCCGGAAGCGUUCUCCUUGGCAAGGAUGCCCGUCGAACGAGAGGACUUUGGACUCAUCGGCCGGUUCGAGACUGCACCUGAUUAG